GGUGAUUUUUGGUGUAAAUCUAGACUGUAAUUCUGUAAUAUAUCAUUGGACCUCGUAAAACCGACACUAAAACUUCUUGGCAUAUAAAUCACUUCUCAAAUUAUGAGUUCAUUGUAUUACGCGAACGCGUUGUUUUCCAAAUACCAAGUGGCGAGUUCAGUCUUCUCUAGUGGCGUGUUUCCCGAGCAAACUUCUUGCGCCUUUUCGUGCAGUUCGCAACGGGCCAGCGGCUACGGCUCGGCUUCUACCGGUGCACCGGUCUCCUCCACAUCUUCUGCCUCUCUGCCGAGCAUGUACACUAACGGUGCUAGUCUUUCCAGCCAGACUCAAGGCAUGUACCCCACUGCGUAUGAGCUGGGAGCUGUCUCUUUGAACAUGCACAGCUCUCUGUUUGACCAUCCGAAUCUACCCAUGGUGAGCGCUGGCGAUCUCUGUAAAGCGCAAAACAGUGGUAAGGAAGAGCAAAGAGGCCACCAUCAAAACAACGAAAACAACCUCCGAAUCUAUCCGUGGAUGAGGAGCACAGGUGCGGACCGGAAAAGAGGCCGUCAGACAUAUUCCCGCUAUCAAACAUUAGAGCUGGAGAAAGAAUUCCACUUCAACCGUUACCUCUCACGGCGGCGGCGUAUAGAGAUUGCACACGCCCUGUGCUUGACCGAACGCCAGAUUAAAAUCUGGUUUCAAAACAGAAGGAUGAAAUGGAAGAAAGAGAACAAAUCAACUGGCCGCAGCUCUCCUGCUGCUGACCAAAUUGGGGGCGACGAGGAAGAGGAAGAUGAGUAGCGACGCAAGUGGCAUACAAAUAGACUGUGCUGUAUAUUAUCAUUCGACCUGCUUUAAUUCAGGAUUCACUGGGUUGAAACAAAAAUGCUACUUAGAAUACUGUGGGCAAAAUGUCAAUGUCGUUUA